GCAAGCUCAGCAGUACAUGAAUAGUAUGAGAAUGCCAGCACCUGCAGCUGGUGCGUGGCAACCAGGACAAGCCACUGCCGCACCACCAACAGGAACAGCUGGUCUUCAGCCUGGACAGCAAACUGUGGUUUAUACAAUGCCGCAGUAUCCUACACAAUGAAACCGAUCUUGCAGAUAUUAAGUACGACCAAUUGAUUUUCGAGACAUGUGACAGAUCAGAUAAAAUGGAUUUAAAAUAAAAAAAAAUAAAAAUAAAAACAGUAAUAAUAAUUAACUUUCGAAAAUAUCCAAACAGGGGCUUCUUUGAGUAAUCACGUGUCUGGUACAAAAACAAAUGCGUUCACGCUCUCUCGAUAAUGAAUCAAGAAUAAUUUACAAAAAAUAAACAUUCACACAAAAUACAUUAUUAAUUAUACAUUGAUCUUGACGAUUCUGCAUAUCGGAAUAAUUUGUUAUAUAUUCUUCGAGACUAAAAGUAAUACUAACAAUUAAAACAAAAACAAAAAAAAAAAAGAAUAAAUUAAAAUGUUGUUCAUCUAUAUAUUUCCAUAUCCAAUUGUUAAAUCACUGCAAGUGAACUCAAACUAUUGUUCAGUGAGUUGAAUUACUAGUUUUCAGAAAUAAAUUUUUAAUUAGAAUUGUGCGAGCGUGACGUGAACUGUAUAAUAAUUUUGAUUGUAGUUUUGCUACGACAGAGCCCUGUACUCAUUUAAUAUUUAAUGUCAUAUCCAUAUAAAAAAAUAAUUUGAGUUAAAUUUAUAUUUUUGUUUGUUUCUUUGUGAAGCGUGAUUGUCGUUUUGUUCUUUUUUUUUUUCUCUUUAUAAAGACAAGUAAGUUUUUUUUUUAAAACAACUUUUUGAUGUGAGAUAAGUUUUAGUCUCAAGAAUAGAUAAGAAAAAUUGGUUUAACAUUACGUGAUGAGAACUCUAGGGCUCUUAAUGCGGAGCAAUCAUAGUUAAUGUAGAAAAUUGAUUGGAAACAAAAUGAUGAAUAAUAAAAUGACAGUGCGUUUAUCGUCGGUGGUUGUGAAACUUUUACUUUGUGUUUCACCAUCUUGACAAAUCAUUAAAUUAAAAUAAUUUUAUUAAUCGUUUAAAUAAUAAACUAUUUAAAUUAAAGAAUUAUAAAUUGAACUUUCAUUUAUAUAUUAAUCGUAAUUUAAACAUAUUAUUUUUAUUAGUUAACAUCUUUUCUUUUCGUCUUUCUUUAACUGUAUCUUUUUUUUUCAUUCAAUUUUACUUUCACUAACAUUCAAACUCUCUGUAAAUCUAAUGAUUAUUUGUAAAUUUUGCUUUAUCAUUGGACGACAUUUUGGUCUCAAUUAAGAGAGUUUAUUAUAAACAAAAAUACAUGACAUGUUGAUUUAUCCAUUAGUGUCUUCCAAGUUAUUGUGUGGUUAAAUGAAGAUUAUGUCGAAUUACAUAAUAUUUAUGAUAAUAAUCCAUUUUUAAAAUAUGAUAAACUAUGAUUAGUAAUUUUAAUUGAAUAAUUUAUCAAGAAAAAAAAUUAAUUUUUGUAAUUUAUUUAUUAAUUGUAAAGUACUGUUGUAAUAACUUUUUUCAAUGUGAUUUUUUCUGAUUAACUAUGACGAAAUUUUUUGUGUUUUAUGUGAUUGUAAUAACAGCCACCGAUGAUAAAAUAAUUUUUUAAGGAUGCCCCACAAUUUCUAUUCGCACUUUUCACCAAAAAAAUAAAAUAAAAUAAAAAUUUGUCCAUAGUCAGCUAUCAAACGUGUAACGCUAAGAAAUAAUGUAUAAAAUCAGACAAACAAGUAAUUCUGAUUUAAUGGGAUUUUGAUAAUGACGAUGAUAUAAUUAAUAUAUAGAUAAAAAUUAUAAUUACAAUAUAACUAAUAAAUAAAAUUAAACGCUGGCAGCAAAAAAAAAUAAAAGAUUCUGACUAUGGAUAACUAUUAAUCAGUGAAGUAAUGGAAGACGUAAAGAAAAAUAAAAUGAUAAAAGAAUGUUAUAUAAAAAAUAAUUUAGGUAUGAGAGGUUCGCAAAAACCUCAACAAUGCUUAGGAUAAUGUUAUCUUAUAAUAAAAAAAGAAUAAAAAACAAAAAAAAAUAAACAAAUUGUCCUUUAAAUGAAAAAUGAAAGGAAUAAAUAUUUAAAAUACAUGAUCGUAUUUUUUUUUCCAACGAUUUGUGUCCACAGUAAUGAUAAACAAAUAUCACAUAAAUUUAAACGCAAUAUAAUUUUUAUUCACCAUCUCAUAUUUUACAUUGUUUAUUAAUAAUUUAAAUGGACUUAAUAUUGUUUUUUGAAUUAUUUGAAUCUAAUUGAUCGCAUAGGCGAUGGCGACUAGAAAAUAGCGAGUGUAUACAUAACACAUACAAUUCUUUAUUAUUGAAUCAACGGCAAUUACGCACUAAUACUAUUAAUACUAUAAAUUUAAUAUAAUUUUUAUUUUUAAAUAUAAAUAUAAUAUCGCAAAGUGAAAUUAUUAAUUAACAUAUACAUCGCUACGAAGUAAAUAAUGGAUAAUUUGAUUAUUUUUAAGAAACUGCUUGGAAUGGAAGAAAAUUUUGGGAGUAAAUUACAAUAAUUUUUAAUAAUAGUUUGCUUAUUACAGUUUUGGAAGUCGUGAAAAAUAAUUAACUUUGAUUU